AUGUCGGCUUCCAACAAGGUCCGUGUCGCUGUCACCCAACACGAACCCGUCUGGCUGGAUCUGCACGCCACCGUCGAUAAAACCUGCCGUUUGAUCGCCGAGGCGGCGGGCAAUGGCGCCCAGCUAAUCGCUUUCCCCGAAUGUUGGCUUCCGGGAUAUCCAGCAUGGAUCUGGUGCCGCUCCGUCGAUAUGGGCCUGUUCACUACUUACCUCAAGAAUUCCCUGUCGUAUGAUUCGGAGCACAUGCGCCGCAUCUGCAAUGCCGCUGCCCAGUACAAGAUCACCGUCGUCCUGGGUUUCUCGGAGCGCGACGGCAACUCCCUCUACAUCGGCCAGUGCACGAUCGAUUCCACGGGCAAGAUCGUGAUGCGUCGGCGCAAGAUGAAGCCCACUCACAUGGAACGCACCGUGUUCGGCGAAUCUUCCGGGCGGAGUCUCCUGAACGUCGUCGAUCUGCCAAUUGGUAAAGUGGGUGCCCUCUCGUGCUGGGAACACAUCCAGCCAUUGCUCAAGUAUCACACCAUGAUUCAAGGGGAGGAAAUCCAUGUCUCCGCCUGGCCAGUUCUACAUCCCCAUAUGGGGGGCGAGUCACUGUGGGGCAUGUCGCAGGAAGGUGGAAUGGGUGCAUCCCAGGUGUAUGCGCUCGAAUCGGCGUCAUUCGUCUUGCUCGCGACCGCCGUGCUAGGUCCCAGCUGCGUCGAGAAGAUGAACUUGUCUCCGCCGUGGGAUACCCUGGGAGGAGGCGCGUCUGCCGUCAUCGCCCCUGAUGGUCGCCGGCUGACGGAGCCAUUACCCCCUAAUGAGGAAGGAUUCAUUUACGCAGAUGUGGAUCUGGAUGUAAUCUUGUCGUGUCGACAUUUUGUGGAUGCCUGUGGCCAUUAUAGCCGUCCCGACCUGUUGUGGCUGGGGGUCGACACGCGCGAGAAAACACCACACCGACCGGAGGGACAGGGAGACAAUACCACAAGCAAUCUGGAUACUCGUUCAGUCCUUGUGGAGGAGGAA